GGAAAUACAUUGAAAAGAAAAUUCAUUAUCUUUUGGACAAGUGUAUACCUCAAUUCGCAUAUGAUGCUUUGCCGGAAAAUUUAUCGGAAAAACUUGUGGUCCUCCUCCGACCGGCUGUUUCUCUACUCUCUCAGCGGUGUUUCUCCCUCACCGGAAACUUCCCGUAUACCGGCGGCAUGGAAGACAGUUCAAGCUGCCGAAUGUUGCUCGUCAGCUCACUCCAGUAGAUGCGCCACGACGUCGUUUAGCUCUUAUAGUCCAUUUGCGACUUUGAAAGCUAAAUCUUUUGGCCUGCAAGGCUAUUCAUUUUCCACUCAAGCACGGGCUUCAAAUCCCGAGGGUGGGAUAAUGGAUGUCCCUUUAGCACAAACCGGAGAAGGGAUUGCUGAAUGUGAACUUAUAAGAUGGUUUGUUCAGGAGGGAGAUCAAGUUGAAGAGUUUCAACCACUUUGUGAAGUUCAGAGUGACAAGGCCACCAUAGAAAUAACAAGUCGCUACAAGGGGACUAUUUCCCGCAUUCUUCAUGUUCCUGGGAACAUCGUGAAGGUAGGAGAGACUCUGUUGAAAAUUGCCGUGGAUAAAAUUUCCGGUCCUACCCAGACUGUAAUUGUUUAUGAAAAGAAUGAAGAAAGAUACAGCCCGGCAAGUCGCUUAGAUGAUCAUAGUUCUGUGUCUGGGAAUUCCAAGACUGAUGGAGUGUUAUCCACUCCUGCCGUUCGUAACCUUGCGAAGGAAUAUGGUAUAGACCUAAAUGUUGUCCCUGGAACUGGCAAGGAUGGAAGGGUACUUAAAGAAGAUGUCUUAAACUUUGCAGUCAUUAGAGGAACCUUAGAGAAAACACCAGCAUCCUCAACUCCGGCAGACCAAUCACAAAGUGUGGACCCUAAGAUAUCUACUUCUCAUGGGUUGGAUUAUGAAGACAAUACAAUUCCCCUAAGGGGAUUCCAACGGGCUAUGGUUAAAUCAAUGACCAUGGCCGCAAAAAUUCCUCAUUUUCAUUACGUCGAGGAGAUAAAUUGUGAUGCACUGGUAGAGCUCAAGGGAUCAUUCCAGAAGGGGAACUCUGAUCCAGAUGUCAAACACACUUUCCUUCCUUUCCUACUAAAGUCACUUUCAAUGGCUUUAACAAAAUAUCCUAUGCUAAAUAGUUGCUUCAAAGAAGAACUUUAUGAAGUUACUGUAAAAGGUUCUCACAACAUUGGGAUCGCAAUGGCUACUCCACAUGGGCUAGUUGUUCCAAACAUAAAGAAGGUGCAGUCGCUAUCAAUUUUGGAGAUUACGAAGGAGCUUUCAAGGUUGCAAAAGUUGGCAUUGGCCAACAAGCUUGACCGUGAUGAUGUAUCUGGGGGAACUUUUACUCUAAGCAACAUCGGAGCAAUUGGUGGAAAGUAUGGUUCCCCUCUUAUCAAUGCACCUGAAGUGGCGAUCAUUGCCAUGGGCCGAGUCCAAAAAAUCCCCCGUUUCACUGAAAGUGGUAGUGUGUAUCCCGCUUCAAUAUUGACGGUUAAUGUAGGAGCCGAUCAUAGAGUCCUCGAUGGAGCCACAGUUGCAGGGUUCUGCAAUGAGUGGAAACAACUCAUUGAGCAACCCGAGCUUCUCAUGCUUCAUAUGAAAUGAGUGUUCCAUCGUUUAUUUGUCUUCAAAGAAAAGACAAUCUUUAUAUUGACUAUCUUUUUCAUUUUCAUCUGUAAUGAUAAGCAAUUGAUCGUCGUGGUCUUCCUCCAUUUGUGUAGGACCAAGUUCAAGAAAAAAACAACAUUUGUAGAUUUAUAGAGCACUAUUGUAUAUUAGAGAACAUUUUUUCCGAAGUUAAUAAACUUGUAAGAUGCGA